AUGCACAAGUUUUAUUGUGUAGAGGCAAAUUACACCGUGAAAACCAGAACAGGCGAGGUGGUGGGUGGAGACACCGACGCCAAGGUCUACAUCGCUCUUGUGGGUGACAUUGACGCGACUCAAUUUGUGCGUUUGAAGUACAGUCACGCUGAUACUGGACGAUUUCGUGUUGGACAAGAGGACAUUUUCCACUUUAGUGGUCCUUUUGUAGGAAAGAUGGAGUCGGUAAGGUUGAUGCUAGAGAGACGAGACGAGAAGUGCGCAUGGUACUUAAAACACCUUUCCAUAACGGUGAAUGAGGUAUCGCUGCGGUAUCACUUCAACAUUGACCGAUGGCUGUCCAAGCAUAAACAUGAUGACAAAAAAGUGUACGAAUUCACACCCUCCUCAAUCGAGCGCAUCUACUCAGCUGUGCCUUAUGAAAUAACCUUCUACACCGGAGAGGCCUCCAACUGUGGAAAGGAUGCAGUGGUUCACCUCCAAGUCUUCGGCACCAAAGGCGCAAAGCAAACAGAAGUGCUGUUGUUUAAGACGGAUGGAGGAGCAUUCAAUGCUGGCAGUGUAGACAAAUUUAUUGUAAGUUAA